AUGUCUAAAACGCUGGAUAUCACAGUCCGACGUAACGACAGCGCCACACCACCCGAUCACCAUGUGUUCGCCACUAACGAGCCCGCCAAGGGCUGGUCAUUGUACCUUCCGUCUUGGAGUCCGGCACCAGGACCCACUCGCGCUGCCAAGGAGCCUACAGAGCUGAGGUCUUCACGCAGUAGUACAAGCAGUCUGUCUAGUCUUUCGAAACGCACAUUCACCUCAAAGAAGGAAGACCAUAGAGAUGAAAUUACAGGCUUCCGCAACCCAUGGCCAAGCUGGCACAAAGCCACGAAGUUCGAAGUCUGGCAAUCACUGGAAUGGGACCUAGCAGCGAGCCACAUCAAAGUGCCAGUAACCACAGGACUCUCAUCUGGAUCGCAGUCUGCCAGGGACAAGCCACUGUCCCGCCAGCAGCAGGCUGAUGCGCUACUUCGUGUAGAGGCACCAGACUUUACAUAUGAUAUUGCCAAGCAGAGGAUCAAAUCAACAUGGUUAGGACAUGCUGGAUCGCUGCUGCAGUUACCUCCUCUAGCUGGUAGCAGUCGACCCUUCCGGAUACUGUUCGAUCCGAUAUUCUCGAUGCGUUGUUCGCCAUCACAAGUGGCUGGCCCGAUACGUUCCUACCCACCUCCUUGCACGGUCGAGGACUUGCCAGAAGUUGACGUAGUCACGAUCAGUCACAGCCACUACGAUCAUCUAGACUACGACACGAUUAUGACAUUCUGGAAGCAUAAUCGCGCGACCUUACGGUUCCUAGUGCCACUGGGCAACAAGAAGUGGUUCGUCGAAUGCGGCAUCGACGCAGAUCGAGUCACUGAGCUUGACUGGUGGGAGCGCGCUCAAUUCGCACCUUUACAAAGCCCCGAUCAAGCACAAGGACAGUCCAUCGAAGUCACCUGCACACCCUCUCAGCACAACUCUGGCCGUGGUCUGGACACAAAUGAGACCCUAUGGUGCUCAUGGUAUCUGACACAUCCUUCUGCAAGUACAAAUGACCGGCCAUACCGUGUCUACUUCGGCGGCGACACUGGCUACCAAUUCCACGACUCGCCCGGCUGGCCGCCCAAGCCACCCAAGUCACCUGCCGAACGAGCCCAGCUGGCUAAGACAAUUGCUUCUCAAGUCGACAAUGAUGAUUCUUCUGCUCAGGCUAAGCAUCCUGUCUGCCCGGCUUUCAAGGAGAUCCGCGAGCGGCUGGGAGUACCGCACCUUCUAUUCUUGCCGAUAGCUGUGGGAGCUACGUACGACUUCUUCCGGUCCUUCGCACCCGUUCCGGACUCUAUCAAUCCGAUCCCGAGGCAUGCUCAGGGCGUGACAGCGCAUAAUCAUAUGCCAAGCUGGGAUGCUGUGAGAGUCCUCAAUGUCAUGACUGCAGACUCAGAUGCCAGUUCAUCAGCUGUGCGAGAUGAGGAAGAUGGUCCUCCCGUCGCUAUUGCUGUUCAUUGGGGCACUUUCGUGACGGAGCCUGUAGAAGUACUUGCGACGUUGGGACAGCUUCAGUGGGCUUGUGAGGCUCAUGGGGUGGACUUCGUGACGUCGCUGGAAGAACGACAAGUGAAAGACGUGAAGGCCUCUUUCAUUGCUCUGAAUCACGGCCAGAGUGUGGCUUUAUGA